AUGAGCCUUAGAGACUUCAACUGUAUUACGAUAUCUGCAUGUAAGUUUUGGGAAAAUUAACUCAAAACACCAAAAAAAGAAGAGGAAUCUACAGUAUGCAGUGUGCAAAACCCACCUUAACCAUCUAUACUGGAAGUUUCGGCAUAGAAGUGUGAGGAAUACUUAUUUGGAGGAGAAGAGAAAAUUUAGCCUGUUGCUGAAUCUAUAGACGGUGAUGAAUAAUUGGUUGAGUAAGAUAGAUAGCCAAAGGAUGACAGUUUCUCUUAGAUGUCCGAGAAGGAGAGUCGAAAAGAGAGUAGGAAGUCUAAAUCCACUUCCACAAAGAGGAAAGGAAAGAAGAGAUUUUCAAUCCAAUAGAAUCACCUCAUUAUGGAAAAUAUAAGGAAAGGCUCUAAUUUUAAUGAGAUUGCGCAGUAGAUUCCAGGAAGCACUAUAAGUUCAAUCAAGAGGUAGUUCAUAAAAAAGCUUCGAGUUGUAAAUGAGGAAUCUGAGGAUGGAGAGAUUGUAAAUACCAUGAAUCGGAUACAAAGGUUGCUAGAGUAAAUGAAUUUACUAAAUAUAGAGACCAGAGUAUGGACAGAGAAGAAAAAAUAAGAGAACUCAAGAUACUGA